ACCCGUGGAGGUAACCGCAAGUUCCGUGCCAUGCGUUUGGAUUCCGGCAACUUCUCGUGGGGCUCAGAGGCCAUCUCCCGCAAGACUCGUAUCGUUGCUGUUGUCUACAACGCUUCCAACAACGAGUUGGUCCGUACCGGUACCUUGGUCAAGAACGCCAUUGUUCAGGUCGAUGCCACCCCCUUCCGUCAAUGGUAUGAGUCACACUACGCCGUCCCUAUCGGUGCCCGCAAGGGUAAGGGUGUUGUGAAGGCUGAAUCCGAGGAGGUCUCCAAGGCCCGCUCGAACCAUGUCCAGCGCAAGAUUGAGUCUCGCAAGGCCGAGUCCAAGGUCGACCCUGCCCUUGACCACCAGUUCGCUGCCGGCCGUCUUUAUGCCUGCAUCUCUUCCCGCCCCGGUCAGUCCGGCCGUGCUGACGGUUACAUUCUUGAGGGACAGGAGUUGGCCUUCUACAUCCGUAAGCUUAAGAAGUAAAGUAAAAAUAAAAAGACAGAAAUAAAGCUGAAGGGAUAAGCGAAAUAAAAAAGACUAAAAAAA